AUGCCUUCAUCGAAGGCAAUGCUAGCCACGGCGCUGGCAAAGGCGAAUACCGCAGUUCAACUUGAUAAUACUCAUUCUUAUACCUUCGCCCGAAAAUACUACCAAGAAUCAUGCGUCCUCCUAUCGGCGCUCGUCGACAGAGCGUCGAAAGAGAAGGAUAGAGAGAAACUAAGAGCCAUACGACAAACAUAUCUACAACGAAUAGAACAGUUGGGAGGAGGAUCCGCAUUGGAAGGGUCGUAG